UGGGCAGGAAGAUUCUGGAAAAGCUCAUCUAGGAAACAUGAUUGUCCAGAACAACUGGAUCCAGAUCUGAAUAAAGAGAAGCUGAAGAUGAUGAAAGAGCAGCUGGUCUCUGGAUGUUCAGCAGGUCUCAGUUCAGUUCUGCUCACCGUUCCUCUAGAGGAACCUGUGGGAAAUGAGGAAGAUAUCUUAUAUUAUAUUAAGUCUUUAUUAGGUCCUGAAGUUCAGAAGUACAUCAUGAUUCUGUUCACACAUGGAGAUGAACUGAAAUAUCUGGAUGACAACAUUGAUGAACAUCUAAAAGAUAAUGGAGAUCUCCAGCGAUCGGUGACAGAAUGUGGAGGAAAGUUUCACUGUUUCAAUAACAAGAUUAAAUCAGACAGUCAAGUACAAGAACUACUGCAGAAGAUUGAAGGAAUGAUGAUGGAGAACGGAGGGAAAUAUAUCAUGGAGCAGAUGAAGAGGAGCAACAGCAGAGAUGCUGACAUCAAUUGUAAGUUCUGUUGGUGUGAAUGAUCUCAAUAACACAUGAUGAGGCGGGUCACACAGGGCUGUACGUGAACUGUUUUUGCACAUAUCAUGGUGCUACAGAGGAUGAAAGUUUUAGCACAGGCCACACAAUAUAAACCGUCUGUUACCAUCUCUGAAAACGACCACCAGUAGUGCUGUUCAUCACUUCAACAGGCGUG